CAAUUGUUCACAGAAAAAUUGGAAUGAACGAGCACAAAAAGCAGUUGUUGCUGAGGUAUUACCAGCUGAAAUCAUUUUACAAGCGAUUGGGUGUCAUAAAAAAAGCGUUACAGGUCAAACAAAAGUCUGCAUUCAAGUAUUCGGCCACGGACAAAAGUACAAAUUUUAACAUUGAUCACAUUGUGAGGCGAAAGAACAUGGCGGAGCUGAUGGACAUCCACAACACACUAUGGAUAAGCACAAAGAAUAUAUACGGCUACAGAUACAACAUAUACGGCAGGUACUUGAACAGGUAUUGCUUGGAUAGGGAUGGCGAUGCAUUAAAUGUACCGCUAAAUGAGGUUAAUGGUACUAAUUUGCUAAAAUUUGCCAUAGAAAACAAAAUACAGCCAAUUGUGCUUAUGAGAAAGAUUUUAGCGCUGAGAAAGAAGGUAAAAGACAAAUUCUCAUGUUUUGAAAUAGAGAAAUUGAAGGAACUGGUCGGUGAGCAUGGCAAUAAUUGGGUGCUGAUUUCCAAAUAUUUAGAUAAAACACCGCAACAGUGUCUGCAAUGCUACAAGAAGCUUGUGAAAAAAAAUGCUGGCCGAUGGUCAAGUAAGGAGGACGAACUACUGCUGCAGGCCAUUCAGAAACACGGUACAAAAUGGAUGAGUGUUAGUGAACACAUCGGUACGAGAAACGAUAUGCAAUGCCGAGAGCGAUACGUGAAUGUUCUGAGUGUGGCUAGGAAAGAGUGGACCGAGGGGGAUGAUAAGCAAUUGGUGGAGCUAGUUGGUAAGUUUGGACGGAGAUGGAAAAUUAUUGGGGAUCUUAUGGCAAGAAAUAACAAGGAAUGUAGACGGCGCUAUUUCAAGAUUUCUGCGGAAAGGUGAGGUGAUAAAUUACCGUUGCUGUUGUGGUAGCACAAACCAGAUCUUCACACGUGUUUAACAUGGCGUUUUAGAUAUUUGCUGUAUGUAACUGCUCUCUUACCGGUAGCUUGUGCAUUGCAAUCGUUAAGAUGUUUGUUGUGCAGGUCCAGGGCUGUUAUCUAAUAUUUGAAAAUUUGCAACAACCAAGCUUAGAACCGUUUGUGCUCAAGAACAGUAAAGGAAAGAGAGUUAAGGCUAACAAACCGGUACUAGACAAUGGCUUGUGGAGCAAAUACCAUGUUCUGGGUGGUAUUCUAUCCUCGGUAAAAUUAAUCUUGUUAAUCUGUCGCUUUCUCAUGCCGAUAUUUAUCAUUUCUAUCCACUAAAACCAUCGAAUGUGCCAAUCGUACGGUGUAAGGCAGUACGUUCCUGUUCAAAACACCAUGUUAACAAUACUAGCCAGACAAACUUGCAUAACCUGAGCAAGUGUUGGAUCAAAUGUGCAUGUUUAAUAUUUGUGAGAUAUACCGUGCAUGAAAUUGUGCUAGCUAUACCGGUACAUAACACCUGUUGUUAAAAAAUAAGUUUUUAAUGUUGACCUGGGGAGGCAGCGAUUUUAACAAGAUUAUUAUGUGUUACUAGCUGUGCUAUCUCCGCUUACAAAACCGAUAAAUUAAU